AUGGCCCUUUCAGACAAAGACCAGCUCGCACGAUGGCGACAGAUCGGUGCCCGGCACUCUGAAAAAGUAGUCGAGCUAGCCCCCAAAGUCCUCAGCGCAGGCGCGGCGGGCGAGGAUGAGUGGGCGGUCCGAGAGCAGCUGGCGUUCGCUGCGCUGGACAUGGGGAUGGUGGAAUGGGCCACGGAUCAGCUGAGAGCACUAGAGAGGCAGUUCCCCGACUCACCUAGAGUCGGGAUAUUAGCUGGGCUUCGAUAUGAGGCGCUCGGGCAGCCCGAGGAGGCGCGGAAAGUCUACGAGGCUAUACUAGAGUUUGAAGAAACGAACACUUCCGCACAUCAACGCCUGAUCGCCCUGUCUCUCCCACUCGGUCCCUCCCACUCUAUCCCUCUACUCCUCACGUACCUCGACACGUACUAUACCGACGCGCAGGGCUGGUCCCUGCUCGCGGACCUGUACUGCGAGCUGGGCUUGUAUGCGCAGGGACUGACGGCGCUGGGCCAUGUGUUGGUCGUUCAGGGCUGGGAUGGGGGAGCUGUGUCACGUUCUGGAGGUGUGGCUUAUACGAUGGGGGACUAUCAGCUGGCGUUGAAAUACUACCUCCGAGCAAUAGAGAUGGCGACCCCACCACCGGGUACAGCGGCCGACGGUCCGGCGAGCACGAGAGACUGGUGGGGCAUCCGUCAGGCUGCGAAGCGUCUCCUGGAUGAUCCAUCCGCUGCUACUUCAUUACCGCCGAAUCUCGUUGUCGGCCCAGAAAAGCUCAGGGCGCUGCUGGAACUCGCAACGGAGAGGAUACUGAGCGCUGGAGGGUCUAGCUUGGACGUGAGGCGUACAGUAUUAGGGGGACAAGACAUAAUUAGAUAG